GGCUUCCGAGCCUCUAUAUAAACAUUGUUGCGGCGCAAGCCAGAAGCCGCAGAGCUCGACAGCUGGAAGAGGCAGCAAGAGAGAAGGAGGAAGGAAGGAAGGAAGGAAAGAAGGAAGGAAUUGUUUUGCAGACAAUAAAUUAAUCUGAUUUCUAUUUAAAGCUGAUGCAUUUGGCCAACUUAAAGACCCUGGACAAGCCAUCUCCGUGUCCAGUAGAGGGCAGUCCAAGGAGGUUGUCGUGGGGCAAAAUGGUGCAAAGACUGGCUGACUUCAGCAGCAGCAGUAUGGAGGCCAAGUCCAACAAUAGCAGCAGGAGCGACCUCUCCGACUCAGCGUCAGACGUCUCCGGUGACAUGUCGCCCUCCAUUGAAGACCUCUUCUACGACCCCAUGGAGGAGACCAUCCUGAAAGAAGUGGUAGACCUCAUUGAACGUUGCCUGAAGGAGGCCAAAGACUCGGACUGCGCCUUGAGGUGCGCCAAGCUCCUCAUCCCGGAGAAACUCCUGGAGCACAUCGGGCAGGAGCUCCUCCACCUGGCGUCCAGCGAGCCGUGCGGCCUUCGGGGGGCCCUCAUCGACCUCUGCGUGGAGCAAGGGGCGCUGUGCUACGAGAGCGUGGCCCAGCUCUCGGUGGACCCCUACCUGGUUCCCACCUUUCAGCUGACUCUGGUGCUGAGGUUGGACUCCGGUGGCCUGUGGCCUAAAAUCCAAGGACUUUUUAGCCCCAAAUCUCCCUCGCAAGCCAUUAAGCUGAGCACCGGAUUCCGUGUCAUCAAGAAGAAACUUUAUUGUUCCGAGGAGCUUCUCAUCGAGGAAUGUUGAAGGGACGUGGAAAACUUCUGGAAGGUGGAAGGAUGUCAGACGGUACAAGAGUCACAUCCAUGCAUUCUCCACGUAUUUUAAGUGUACCUCAGUUUCUAUGGAAACCACCACCCGAUGAUGGCAGCUAGCUAUAUGCUCAUUUUUUUGGUUUUCCAAAACGGCAAACGUAUCAAUUGAUUGUACGCUGAGCAAACAGCUUCUAGUGUCAUUCCCGACCUGUGUGGACGUGUCCUUCAUGCUUCUCUCACAGUUUUCAUUUCUUAUUUGAUAUUCAAAUGUUCACCACAUUGCACUGUUUUUGUUUUUUUUUUGGUAUUUUCAUAGUCGCCAAAAAAAUAAUAAAUUAUUUUUUUAACAAA